AACCAACAAUCAAAACUUAAUUGGGUGUUUUAUCCUUGUUCGAGUCCUUGGUGAAACAGACCUUAAUCCCCUGUAAGGGAGCGACAGAAGGAGUCUAAAGAGGAGUUUCCAGAAGGAGACGAAGAAAUAAAAAUGUCUUUGGUGGACUAUGCAUCGUCCGACGAAGAAGAAGAAGAGCUUCAUGAACAAGAUAAACAACUGAACAAAGCGGAGGAACCCUUACCCACCCCUUUGGAUCCAUUACCAACCAGAAACGACAAUCUCCAUCUUCCUCAACCGCAAAACCAGAAGAUUGGUUCGUCAUUAAAUAAAGAACACUUGUCAAGUUUAUCGGAGUCCUCCGAACUGAAACUCCCUGAUGCAUCACUUCUAUUAAAUUCACCUACAAUGCGAGGCCAUCUUGGACACAAUACUGACCAUUCUUCCCGAGUUGCAGCAGCCAUGGCUGAAAAUGCAACACGGAAGCGGGAUAUAAAUGUUUCAGCGUCCACUUUUCCACGCAGUAAGAUUCCUAAAGGAACUUUGCCUCACAUGAAGAAUGUCCCUGAAACAGAAGGUGGUCUUCUGCUCCCACCUCAACUUACCGGAAGGAGCAACAUUGUUACAGAAGACAUCAGCAAGCUAUUUCGGAAGAAGACCUCGUCUUAGUUGCGCACACAGUGACAGAAAUCUCUGUGGACCUAACUGUAGUUUUAAUUCAGUAGAUUCUCUAUGCGAUUCUAGUAGAAAUUAACACAACUGUUGUAAGAUAUUUGGUUGUAUUGAUACUGAUUACUGAGAUGGCUGCUCUCAGCAGUUCUGGUUGAGGUUGAAGUUGAAGUGAUGGACUACUUUUUGUACAGAAUUUCUGCAACCAUACAUUCUUUGUGUGUUGAUUGGUUCUUGGAAUGUGUACUCGCUAGACAUCAUAUGAGAGUGAAGCGUUAUAUUGAAUUGAAUAACCCAGUUUACAGCUG